CCGAUGCAAUACCAUUCACACACACAAGGGGCCGGGCCCUGUUCGCUGCCACCACUGCAGUCAGUCAGUCUGUCGGUCAGUCUGUCCAUCCACCCAUCCAUCCAUCCAUCCGUCUAUCAGCGAUUCGACACCUCCCUCCCUCCCUCGUGCGUGCGUGCAGGCAGGCAGGCGGGCAGUCCUCUAUGUAGCUAGCUAAUAACACACGUACUGUAUGGACUGUUCUGUUCUGCACUGUACCCAACACACACGUGUGGUGUGCAUCUGUCGGUCUGUCUGUCUGUCUGUCUGCAGCGCAGCACUGCUGGUGGUCACUCGGCCCUCCCCGUGCCCCUCCGGUCACCGCAACGGUCGCGCACCGCAGGGGCGCCGCGGUCGUCAUCGUCAUCGUCAUCAUCGUCUCCUGCGUCUGGAGCGUCCUCCAGUGGGCGGAGUGGCGGUGGCGGUGACCCGCCGCGGCCCGGGGAUGAGCGGCUGGCGAAGGCCGGGGGCACCCCGAGCUCCUUGAAGGCCUGCACGCCGAACUUGGCCACCUGCUGCUCGCUGGAUGAUCGACAGAGAGGGAUGGAGAGGGACGGAGAGUGUGUGUGCUUUGGUUUGGCUUGGUUUGGCUUGGUUUGGCUUGGUUUGUUGGUGUGACUGACUGAGUGCAUUACCUGGUGUUUUCGAUGGCGAAGAUGCCGUGGUUGGGGACCAUGCAGGUGUCACCUGGAUGUGACAUGAUGGGAUGGAACAGACAGACAGACAGACAGAGAAGAAGGAUGUGCAGUUCACAGCAGAUCACACACGCCGGCUGUCCGCCCCGCCCCGCCCCGCCCACCUUUCUUGAGCAGGUCGGUAUCCCACCCGCCGCCGGCCUUCCGCAUGCGAAACACCACCUUGUCCUCCUCGCCCCUGUUGACGUGAAAGGUCUGCACACACACACACACACACACACACGCUCGUGUUCAGCUGGUUGGCUGGCUGGCUGUGCGUCCGUGUGUGUGUGUAGGUGACUGACCAUGGUGCCCAUGUCGCUCCGCUGCGGCGGCUUCUUGGCCCCGGGCUGGAGCUGCACGAAACACAGAUGGGAACAAGAGAGAGAGGAACACACAGAUAGACAGACGAGUGAGUGGAUGGAUGGAUGGAGUGUGUUGGCUGGCUCUCUCUUUCUGUUGCUCGGCCGUGAGUGGGCAUGGCAUCUUCAUCUUUGUGGGUCUGGUCUGCUUCAUACCUACCGUGACAAUGGAUGCGAAGAAAUGGGGGUUGUCGUCAAACACCCGCACUGCACACACGACACACGGGAGGGAGGCAUAGCAUACACAAAUGUCACAUGCUUAUUGCUCGUGUCUGUCUGUCUGUCUGUCUGUCUGUCUGUGCCCGUGUCGGUCUGUCUUCAAUUCCAUAGCUCAUUCAUUCAUUCAUUCACCGACCGACAGACAUGCCCUCGACGUCUGUGUUCCAUCGGCCGUCCUGCCGCCCCUCCACGUUCCGCCUCUCCAACUCACGCAUCAGACCGCCACCGCUCACUAUCCCACCGCCUGCAAUACAAUACAAUACAAUACAAUACAAUGCAAUACACCAACGAAUACUGCCCCCCUGCCAGAGACGCCACGCUUCUCCCUGCCUGCCUGCCUUGCCUGCCUGACCUUCAGGGUUCAUCCGGACGAAUCUGGCUGGCGCCGCGCCCUUAUUCAUGAAGUCGCUCGUAACGCUCCACCGGCCGCCACGGUCCACCCCGCCCCCCGCACCCACACCCACCCCCGCCGCUCCCCCUCUCCCUUCCUCCUCCUCCUCAUCCACCAUGGGGCCGGGCGGCUGCGGCUCGUUGGAGGGCACCAGGUCCAUCGCACCGCCUGCCCGCCCACCCACACCCGCACCCGCUCCCGCCUUCUCACUGCUGUCGCGCUCGUCCUCGACGCGCCGCUGCUGCCCGCCACGCCUGUCGGGCGGGUGUUGGUCCGCCUUGUCUUUGGCGGGUCGGCCGCGUGCUUUGGCCUUGGGCUUGGGUUUUGGCUUUGGUUUGGCUUUGGGCAGGCCCAUUCGCGGGGCGGGCCGGGGCGGGGGGGACUCGUACUCGUCUCCCUCCUCCUCUUCUUGAUCUUCCUCCUCUUGGUCUUGGUCUUCCUCCUCGGCCUCGUCUUGGUCCUCGUCCAUAUCUGGUUCGUCGCGCGGCUCCUCCUUGGUGCGACGCGGGGGCGGCUCGCGGUAGUCCUCAUCGUCGUCAAGCCCACUCGACGCUGAACACACAUAGACAGACGGAGGCACACAUGCCGACAUCGUAUCCACCACACACAGCACAGCACAGCAAGUGUGUCGGGCGGUCUGUCUGUCUGCCUCACCCGACGAAGAGCGUCCUCUGUUGGCCGGUUUCUUCUUCGCCUUGGCCUUGGCCUUGCCCUUAGCCGCACCACCAGCCCCCUUCCCCUUGCUCUUAGCCGUACCACCACCACCACCGGAGACCGCCACGCCGCUCUUGCCCCUCCCCCGCCCUCCCCUCCCCCUCCCCCUCCCAGCGCCCCGCCUCGCCAAACUCGUCGUAGCCAUGCGCUCGGGCGACCGGGGAGAGCUGCCACGGCCACGGGCGCCGGCACCCCGACCCCUCGCCACACUGCGGCCACGACCACCGCCCCUGCCCUUGGCCUUGGCCUUGGCACGUGACUUGGCCACCCCGCCCUCAUCCUCCUCGUCACGGUCCUCGGCAGAUGCGCUCUCGUCCCUGGCGGCUCGGCCACGGGAGCGGCGGGAGCGGCGCGACUCCUCGCUCUCGUUUUCGUGGAUGGGAGUGAGUGCGGGGUCGGCCUUUUGCUUCUGUUUCUUCUUGGGCUGGGCCUUGGGUGCGCCGACGCGGGCACGGCGGUCUGCAUCGGGCUGGUCGUCGCUGUCGGUGCUGUGGCCGCGCUUCCGCUGGGCGGGGGGCACUGCGCCGCGGGCAGCGGUGGGUGCAGUGGUGUUCUUGAUGCGACUGCCCUUCAUCGAACUAGAACUAACACAGAGAGGGAGGGGAUUGCUGCUGGUGCCUAGGGGGUGGGGAGCGAGGUCCGGACGGAAGCAGAGAGACCUGCGGACAAAGAUAUGCAGCACACACAGGGAUGACGUCCGUCCGUCCGUCAGCUGGCAUCCCCCCCGUGAGGUGAAUGCUUUCUGACCGACCUGGUUUCUGGGUAAGCAAAGGAAACGCCGAGACGGUCAAGGCGUCUUCAGCACAACCACGCUAGAGCACGUCCCUCAGGAGGGGAUGCACUCCACCAGGCACGGAUACGAUAGAUAAGCCUUCAGCUCGACAACACACGGCUUCAUCUCACGCCGCACUCAUGCCUACGCCACCAUUCCUCCCGUGCAUCCGACGGCGAGCAGUUUCACGGAAUUUCCAAGCUCGCAU